AUGGGGUGCGGUAGCUCACAAGCUGCCGCUGCGGCGCUCCCAAAGGCGCCCAUACAGGUGAAGAAGAUCCAGGCAACCCAAAGCACUGCCAAGCAGGUCGCGGUGGUUUUGCCUGGAAGCUAUCUCAAGUUGCUGGCAGAGACCCGGCUUCUCAGUUCAGAAAAUGAGCACUAUACCUAUCACAUCUUGGACCCUUGGAUCGCUGAAUGGCUUUUCACCUUCGAACAAAAAGAGCUUUCCGCUCGCGACCAAGAGACAUUCAGUAUGUUUCGACCCUUUCACUUUCACGUGGAUUCCUUCGUGGAAAGCGCCAUCGAGUACUGCAAGGCCAAUCAGAUUGAGGGUGUCUUUGGCUUCGACUGCUUUCCGAGCUUGGUCGCUUCCAUCAUCAAUACGUCCCUGAAUCUGCCAGGACCCUCCUUUCGGAGCGUCUUUCAUUGCAUUAGCAAGUACUACAUGAGGAAGGAGCUCUCGCCGCAGAUUCCGAUGACGGUGAUCGACCCGCGGAAGGCUUCGCCGCCCCAGAGCUUCCCUGUGGUGAUCAAAGAGAUCGACUGCCAGUUCUAUGUGGGCACCUGGAUCAUCGAGAGCGAGGAACAGUGGCAUAGUACCAUGAAGAUCCUCCAGUCUCGCUCCAGCGAGGAGAUCAACGCGCGGAAGAAGUUCUACUUCAAAUGGUUCCAGAAGCUGCAUCCGAAUGAGAUGCCGGUGUCACGUUGGGAAGACUUUGUGAUCUUUCACAUGGAGCCCUUCCUCCCCGGUAAAGAACAUCAGAUCGAGAUCGUCAUGGAGCAAGAGAAUCAUUUGCUCGUGGCCGACACGGGCGACAUCAUCAAGAAGGACGGCGUCAUUGGCAUGUUCGUGACGCCGGGAUCCUUUGACAUCCCCACCGAGUGGGCACAUGAUAUCUGCAAGAAGUUGCAUGCCAUGGGCUACAAGAAUCAGGCAAUCGAUUUGGAGUUCAUCUUUACCAAGGACGGGCCGCAGGUGGUGGAAAUCAACAGCAGUGCCUUUUGUGUGGUGACCUGGUGCUACUGCGAUAGGUAUGAAGUCCAGUCCGAGAGUUCUCAGCUGAAGCACAAGGCGGACCUCCGGAACCUGGAGAACCGCGUUUGCUCUUGCCUCGGCUUGCCGUGUCCGAAGUUCCCCUCCGAUACCAAUGUCGUCAGCAAGCUCGCAGUGGCAAUUUACACCACCAAGGGCGGGAAAGUGGAGGACAUUGUUGACCUGGACUUUUUGAAGAAGUUCGUGGCGGAGGGCUAUGCUGAGUGCUGGACACCAAAGCCUGCCUUCAAGCAAGGCUGUAAAGAAUUCGUCUACGGCGGGGGCAAAUGGGCGAAGCUGGGCUUCAUGAUGUUGACGGCGAAGCGCACGGACUUCGAAGCCACCAACGCCAAGCUUCGGGUCCCUGAGCCCAGUCCGUGCGCAGAUCGUGUUGUGCGCUGCUGGUGCCGCUGCCGCGCUGGGGCAUGGAAUGGGUGA